AUGGGCAAAGACCUAAAAAACCUUCACAUUAUCCACACAGAACCAGUCAAACUGCGACAUUUUCGAUCCCCAUCGAAUGACCAUUCCAAAUUGAUCGCCAAGGCUUUGCAUUUAACGCAUGACGAUGAGGGACAGGGUGAGAAGCCUCAACAGGACGGUGUUAAUUCCAUCAAGGGAGAAGGGGUUGCAGCAACAAGAGAGAAAGACUGUGCACUCACGUGCUCUCUGACGGCAGUCCAACCGGUGUGUGGCAGUGAUGGCAACACCUAUCUCAAUCCUUGUCUCCUCAAACUGCGCAGAUGCAUGUCCAAACGUCCAGACGAGCUAUAUGUAGUGCAUUGGGGAUACUGUCCGGCUAGACCACCAGGUAAGCUCUGUGAGGCUCAAACCAGUGACCAUUAUAAGCGUGGAGAUAUGAGUCACACCUAA